AUGAGCUUUGGUGCCUGUAGCAUAAGUUGGUGGGCGCCGGUGGACUUGUUGGUGCUGGAAGUGCGAGCUUUGGGCUCGAGACUUCCGUUAUUCUGGACCAUCCAUCUUUCUCGCAUCUUGCCUGAGCGGAACACUGGCAGAACGACAUCCUGUUGGAGGAGGCUGAUGCGCCUUGGAGUUUUCGGACUCUCUUUUCCCAUCGCUGUGCUCGCGACUGAAGGAAAUUACCAAUCAUUGGUCUUCUCGGAUGGCCAUGUCGAGAGAUCGCGACACAUACAUAAGCAGCAUCGUCAUAUGCGGCGCGACACCAGCCUUCAUCACCAUCGAGACCAUGUCCAUAGUGUCGAGGCCGAAGCAGUGCUGUCUCAGGCAGACGUCCUACAAGACCCCAAGCCAGCGGACAAAUUUGGGGGCCCACAGGACAAUGAUCGCGUGGACGAGGUGAGGUUAGCCAACCGCACCGAACCCAAGUCCGAAGCCGGCAAGAGCGCAUGGAGCCAGUGGGCAUGUGCGCUUAUGUGUGCCGGCAGAGCAGCGGAUGGCUGCUGUUCUUACAAAGAAGACUCGGGCAGCUGUGAGUUCCUUCCCGGGAGCCCGGCCAGAACUCCGGAAGCAGGAUGGACACAGGCCCAGUGCAUUCCAGGCUAUGGCACCGCCAAGUGCACCCCCUGGACCGCGGGCCGUUGCACUGGCUCCAAUCCACAGCCAGCUCGGGCUUCGCCUGGUCUGCCAGUUUGGGAACUUAUCUGGGAGGACCAUUUUGACUCGCAGACGUGCGUUCCUGACACUUUGGGCGUCCUGCGACCCAGCCCGAAGUUUUGGAGCCCCGAAAUCGGCUACAAGCGGGGUAAGGAGUUGCAGUGGUACACCCCAAAGAACGCCGAGUGCAAAGAUGGAGCAUUGAUCAUCACAGCCAAGCGGGAACGCCAGGCAUGGCAGAAGCCGCAGGGCCCGCAAUGCCAAGUCAUGAACUGGGACCCCGACGAACAGCCUUUGGACAAUGCGUCCUGUGCUGUCUGUGCUCCGCCGUAUUUUCAAUAUUACAACCCGUGCGACUUGGUGCGGAAUGACGACUCUGGUGGCCCGGCGUGCGACUGUUCGGAAUCAGCCGAGUUCACCUCGGCGUCGCUCAUGACUCGUGGCAAGAAGGAGUUCUCCUACGGCCUUUUCGAGUUACGGGCGAAGAUUGACACCAGACCAGGUGCCUGGUCCAGCUGGUGGGCUGUCGGCGAUUUCGAUUAUGUGCCCUGGCCAAAGAACGGGGAAAUCGACAUCAUGGAUGCCUUCCAGCGAAUGGUAAAAGCCAGCGUAAUCCAUUCCGGUGAGUCCGGGCUUCCGAGCGGUGCAAUUCAGCAUGCAGGUGCUCGCAUGGUUGACCGCGAAUGGGAGAAGUACUACCAUACCUGGCAGCUGGAAUGGGACGAGAACUUCAUAGAGAUACGAAUUGAUGGCGAAGUGAUUCUGAAGCUUGACCUCUCCGUGGCGGAUCCAAAGCGGACCUCCUGGCCCAAUCCAUUCACGCAGGGCAAGAAGUUCUUCAUGAUACUGAACUUGGCAGUUGGUGGUCAUUCAGGAGGAGAUGCUUCCUUGACGCAGUUCCCAGCGCAACUUCAUGUUGACUACAUCCGUGUGUACGAGAAGAAGGGCACGACGGCGAAUUAG